AUGCCUCCUGAAAUAACAGAAUCUCUCUGGGUAAAAAUCAAAGCCAAACUAUUGGUGUCAAUUGGGCAGUUGAUCUUCGCCGCUCUUCUGAUGACUCAGAGUGGAUUUCUUGCGGCAUACCUAGCAACUUACCAAGAUGCGGCCAUGGCUGUUCUAUGUGUUCUGUGCAUUCCGGUACUGGUCUCCUGGAUCUACUGCCUCAGCAAAGAGGCAGGCCUUUUAGGAAUGGUUUUCACUUGGGGACCGUACCUUGUAGUUUUCUUGAUUCCGAUAAUUGCCAUCAUAUUUGCUGUAGUUGGCGACGACCUCGACAAGGAGAACUUCCUCGGUCCCAACGCUUUAAAAGUAAUUUUGUGCCUUACACCAGUUCUCUUUCUAUUUUUGCCGAACACAGCUUCGGGGUUAAGUGAAAUUGACGGCUACCCACAACUUGCUUUCAGACUGACAAUCCAGGUAACCAUAGAUCUGUUUGAUGCUGUUGAAAUGCUUGACAUCGUCCUCCACGAGAACGGAAACGGCCAUGGAAUUCCAAAAUGGUUUGGAAGACUCAUGGUGGCAGUUGCAUGCUUCAGUUUCCUAUUGUCUCUCUUGCAAAUGGCAGAAAACAAACUCGAUGGCAAAAAGAUCGUGCAGAGCAAAUGCCUUGCCAUUACCCGUAACGUUGUGCAAAUAGUGUUUGUCAAUUUGGUGUUCAUGGUAAUUCGUCUGGUUAUCUUCUUUAAAUACAAGAAAGAGGAGUCAAUCUUCACCGCAAAGAAUGGUAUCGCAUUUUUUUUUUCCGCUCUGGGAAUAUACUCCAUCUGGCAGAAUCAGCGAAAUAACAAACUUGAUCUUCGAGUUUGA